AUGUCCGCUCCGCUGCGGCCCUCGCUGCUGCCCCAAUGCACCUCGUGUGCCCGCCGCUUCGCCAAUGCCGGCCUGCGCGCCUGGGCCCCGUUCCAGCAGCAGGCCCGUGGCGCGAAGAAGGCCAGCAAGCUGCCGAACACGCUGAUUGUCCGCCUGCUCAAGGACGUCAAGGCCUAUGGCCGCAAAGGCUCCUUCGUCCCCGUCCUGCCCGGCCUGAUGCGGAACGAAUGGUUUCCCGGCAACAAGGCCGACUACGUGACGCCCGCGCAAUUACGCCAGCUGAAGGCCAAGGACGUCUCCAUGGAGCGCGACCACAUGUUUGGCCUGGAGGUGCCCGAGGUGGCGGAGCAAGAGACGGGUCCCGAGGUGCUGGAGAUUGCCAUGCCCAAGCCCAUUGAGGUUGAGGGAAUCAGCCCCCAGCGAUCCAUGGAGCUAAUUGCCAAUUUUGUUCCCCCGCGCAUCGAUAUCGAGCGUGACAUCGGCGAGCAGCCCUCACAGCCCAAGGAAGAGCCCAAAAAGCAGCCCCGGCUCCGGGGCAUGUCUGCAGCAGACGUGUUGGCCGCGGCGUCUGGAGUUCCCGAGAAGCCCGCCGACACACGCGUUCGCUUCUUCGGCUCGGUGUCUACUCAGGAUAUCGUGACGGCCAUCAAGGAGCAGCUUGACGUCAAUGAGGAGGGAUCGCGGGUGGUGGUGGCACAGCGUGAUGUGCGGUUCCUGGGCGGCACCGAACCCAACGACGAAACGAGAAUAAAAUACCUGGGCGACUAUGAGUUUGAGGUCAAAGUACAGGGCGCGACGGACGGCAUAACGCGGAAGCUACGCAUUCUGCCUACGCAGUCGAGGGCGUAA